AUGCCCAAAAAUGGCGAGCUUUACAUUUCCCUCCCUGCCUGGGUCGCUUCACUGAAUCACUUCCCAUCAAAGUCUUCAAGUUCAAGGCCGAAAAAGAGGUGGGCAAUUUCUCAUUUGACCUCUCAUGGCACCUCCAAGAAAUCAAAGAAAAGCAAGAAAGAUAGGAAAUUGAAGAAAAACUUAAGCUUGGUUCCAGUCGAGCCUAAAGCCGCAGACUCUGACUGGUGGGAUAGUUUCUUCAACCCAAGGGUACUUUUGUUUGUGGCAAGGCCAAGGACUUUUGUUCAAGGAAACCUUCCGAAUUCCAUGGUUUACAGAAAUGUUGAGCAGUAUCCCAAUGCAAAGGAAUGUUCCUGGAAUUCUAAAAUUCUCAUACUUGAGAUUGAUGCUCCCAUUUACUUUGCAAAUACCAACUACUUAAGAGAAGAGUAA